CUCUCUCCUUCUCUUUUUCAGGCCCUCAUCACAUCUUCCCAACUUUCCAUUCUCCGAUCCCCAUCGACGUGCGUCACCAUGAGGGGAGAUACCACUACGAACCCCAUGCGCUCCACGCUCUGCACGGGCCUCCAGGGUUAGCGGGCAGCCCGGUGAUCUCCGACAUCUCCCUGAUCCGACUGUCUCCAGGGGGCGCCGGCGAGUCCUUCCUCCCUCCGCACUCAUACGUGUCUCCACACAUGGAGCAUUACCUGCGCUCGGCACACGCCAGUCCCACCCUGUCCAUGAUCUCAGCGGCCCGAGGACUGAGCCCUGCUGACGUGGCUCAUGAGCACCUGAAGGAACGAGGGUUGUUCGGUCUGCCCCCUCCGCCCCCCGGCGCCACCCCAGCCGACUAUUACCACCUGAUGACGGGCCACAGGAACCCGUACGGAGAGUUACUGAUGCAGGGAGCCGGGGCGGCUCAUCUGCCCGAAUACUUCACCCCGGUCGACGUGUCACGGUUUCCCAGCCCUCGUCUGACGCCCAGGUUGAGUCGAAAGCGAGCGUUAUCCAUCUCUCCGCUCUCAGACGCCAGCAUCGACCUGCAGACCAUGAUCCGAACAUCACCCAACUCUCUGGUGGCCUACAUCAACAACUCCCGCUCCAGCUCGGCCGCCAGCAGCUCGUAUGGACACCUGUCUGUCGGAGGAAUCAGCCCUUCGUUCCCGUUCCCACACUCCAUUAAUCCGGUGGCGUAUCAGCAGCUGUUGUCCCAGCAGCGAAGCCUCAGUGCGUUCGGACACACUCCACCGCUCAUACCGUCGUCACCCGCGUUCUCCAGCAGGAUCCCACUGAGCCUGUCCACCCUGCCCACACACACCGCCAGUGACAUCGACAGCAAGAACACAAAUGGAGACUCUGCAGUCAGCAGCACGGUAAACCCCCUGAACCACAAGAGGUCAAAGGUCAAGACAGAGUUGGACGGGCCGCGACCUGUGUCGCCGUGCUCUCCGGACCACCUGGGCGGCGCACUGGACCUGAAGGAAGACUUGGACGAGUGCAAGCAUGAGGCGGAGCUGGUGUACGAGACCAACUGCCACUGGGAGCGCUGCAGCAAAGAGUACGACACGCAGGAACAGCUGGUGCAUCACAUCAAUAACGAACACAUCCACGGGGAGAAGAAGGAGUUCGUGUGCCGCUGGGACGAGUGCUCUCGCGAACAGAAGCCCUUUAAAGCGCAGUACAUGCUGGUGGUUCACAUGCGCAGACACACCGGGGAGAAACCGCACAAGUGCACUUUCGAGGGCUGCUCUAAGGCGUACUCUCGUCUGGAAAAUCUGAAAACUCACCUGCGCUCACACACCGGAGAGAAGCCCUACGUGUGUGAGCAUGAAGGCUGUAACAAGGCCUUCUCCAACGCCUCGGACCGAGCCAAACACCAGAACCGCACACACUCCAAUGAGAAACCCUACGUGUGUAAGAUCCCGGGCUGCACGAAGCGCUACACCGAUCCCAGCUCGCUUCGGAAACACGUCAAAACCGUCCACGGGCCCGAAGCUCACGUCACCAAGAAGCAGCGCGGUGACCUUCCGUCGCGACCCCAUCCGCCUAAGGAAAACGGAGAGAACGAAGCGGGAACCAAGCUGUCGGGGCGAACGGCUGAAGAGAAACUCGAAGCCAACAGCACGACCAGAGUCGUCGAGGACUAUCUGCAGGUCAAGUCUAUAAAGACAGAGAACUCUAUGAUGUAUCAGUCCAGCCCUGGUGGUCAGUCAUCAUGUAGCAGCGAGCCGUCACCACUUGGCAGUGCCGCCCACCAUGACGGUGGAGUAGAGCCGAUGGGACUCAGCGGGGGCAGCAUGGGAGAUCUGAGUGCCCUGGAUGACGCGCCCCUUGUGGAUUCAACCGUCUCCACAGGGAUGUUGGGCCUCCAUCUUCGCAAGAACACCAGCCCUGCCCACAGACUCACGUAUCUGAAGCAAGAAAAGCUGAAGUCGGUGAGGGACUCGUGCUCCUGGGCAAACCCAACUCCUCCUGCCCCCAGCACCAAGCUUCCACCCAUCAAUACCAGUUCUUUAUUGGAAAGUUCUGGCAGUCUGUGUGAUCCAGGGCUUUCCAUCUCCAGCCCGCGCCUGGGCGAUCUUUGUCCUGGUGAGACUACGGUUCUAAGUCAACUGGUCGAGCGUCGGGACAGUCUGGCCAGCAACGUGAGCUCGGCUUACAACCUUAGCCGUCGUUCUUCCGGGAUCUCGCCCUGCUAUUCAAGCCGUCGGUCCAGCCAAACCUCACAAACUGGUGGGCGGCUUAACAUCAGCUCUACCGGCUCCUAUGACCCCAUUUCCACUGAUUUGUCUAGAAGGUCCAGUGAGGCCAGCCAUUGUGGAGGAAUCCCCAGUCUACUCAGUCUGACUCCUGCCCAACACUACAGACUCAAAGCCAAAUAUGCUGCUGCCACAGGCGGCGCGCCACCAACCCCUCUACCUAAUAUGGACUUUAUGAGCCUGAAGACUCGGAUGGCCCUAUUCGGGGAUUCCCAUGAAAUGUCCACACUCCCCAUCCAUCCCCCUUCAGUUCCCAGAAGGUGUAGUGAUACCAGCUACGCCAACCGUAGCGUCUUGCCCCAUGAGGUGACGGGAAACAUCACUCGCAGAGCAAGCGACCCAGUUAGAAGAGUAGGUCCAGAGCAGUAUUCCCUCCAGCAACGUUACAAUAGCAUGACCAAUGUGAACCAAUGUCCGUCGUUGCAUCAUCCUGGAUCCAGCCGACACUUUUCACAGAUCAACAGCCUGUCUGAGGGUAACGUAAACCGCCACCAAUAUCCACCCCGACCUCCUAGCAUUUCUGAGAACGUGGCAAUGGAAACCAUGGCGAGUGACAUGGACAACCAGAACAAUGAUGCAAUGAUGUUACACGAUGACAUUGUUCAGUACCUUACAUCUCAGAAUGGAGAUUCCACCCAACAUCCAGGGAUAACGUACCGCCACUAUCCUGGUGAAGGCCUCCAUGGCUUUGGGUCCCUGCAACAGUGUCAUUACCAGAGACGCCUGGCCUUGGUGGAAGGCAACACGAAUGGCGCAACACAACAAACGGCAGCUCCAAGCUCUCAGCAGACAUUCCCAGGUUCACCCAACGCCACUAAGAGCCAGAUGCCGGUGCAGUGGAACGAGGUCAGUUCAGGGACAGUGGAUUCAUCUCACAGCCAAACCAAGCAGGGAUCAGGGCGGGGAAACCUCACCGCACUCCAACAAAAACAAAACCUCAGCUCCUUUCAGAACGUCAACUCCAACCAACAAGUUGGGCUAAUGAGUCACAACCUCGCUCACGCUGCCCACGUGCAACGGAAUAACGAGUUUAAUUCACAGAGGGUCAACCAUAGGCAACCACUACGACAGGCUAACACAGAUCAGGAUAUCUUUCAGCAUGGUUACCAUGAGGGUUCUGCUUCAAAUGAUAUCAGUGGAGGUUUGCUGAGCCCGUCUGGUAAAGCGCUGACGGCACAGUCUGGCAGUGUCCAGAAUAACAGGGUACGAGCUCAGCCGGUGGCUAGUCAAAGCCAUGCCACUUUUCAUGGAAAUAAUCAUGGAAAUUAUUCCCAGAUGAGCAUCAACCAGCAAGGCUAUGUCAUUCCAGCCCAGAAUCCCACGCUGAACGGAAACCAUGGACUGCUACAGCCAAGGCCGCCCACAGAAGCCAAACGCUACAGCCGGCAGCUCUCGGUGCCAACGACAACUGCAGCGCAGCAACUUGGUUACCCACAAUCCAACUUUAGCCCUGCAUAUGACACCUCUGAGGCCAGUCCUAAAAAAUCGGCUGACGACACAGAUACCAAUGGUAUUUUUUACACUGGACAGAUUCGCAUGUUCGAGUCCAGCAGUCUUGAGAUGACAGAUGCAGUGCAAAUCGGGACCGAAAGCACAGUCAUGGGCUCCCCAGAAACAAAUCAGGUCUCGAGCACAGUGGAUUCAAACGGAGCAGAGCACCCGCAGAUCGACUUCGACGCCAUGCUGGAUGACGGCGACCACUCCAGCCUCAUAUCAGGAACUUUAAGCCCCAGCCUCCUCCGCAGCCUAUCCCAGAAUUCCUCCCGUCUCACCACUCCCAGAAACUCAGUGACGUUGCCCCCGGUGCCUGCGGGAAUCGGCAACAUGGCCAUCGGAGACAUGAGCUCCAUGCUGACUGCGCUCGCAGAGGAAAGCAAGUUCCUCGAUAUGAUGUCAUAGG